CGAAAAAAGUUUAAAAAUCUUUCCUUUUACUUUCAAUAUUUUCUCUGUAAACAACCUUUCCUUAUAAAAAUCUUUCUUGUUCUUUUAAUAAAAUAUCCUUCUUUUAAUAAUAUCCAUAAUAUUAUUUGAAUCCAUAAAAAAGAAUCAAAUAUCUACAAAAAAUUCGGAAGUGCAUCAUCCCCGAUUGCGUUGGAUCGGAUGCACAAAAUCUUCAAAACCGCCUGACGUUAAAAUGACCAAGGAAGCAGCCACUCACGCGCCGUCGCCGGCCGCCAAUCAGUGUACUGACUUUUUGACUCGAUGACUCAGUCAGCUGGUCUUACUUAGCCGACUCUGAAUUCCAAUCUCAAUAUUUUACCUACUGAUUUCAUUUGAUUUGAUUUACCUUCCAUCUUCAAACAUUCAACGGUCAAACCUCCAAACCUUUUUCCCUAACGUUACCUAGCUUUGACCCGCCUAUAAUUUUACAUUCCUCGUAUAAAUACCCCCAAACCUUAACGCUCCAAAUUCACAACCGAAUUCGCCUGCAUUUGUUUCUUUAAAUACUCCGCAAUGAUUGUAUCUUGGAGAAAUCGCAGAGCCCAUAACAACAAAAUGAAGAACAACAAUCGCUUGUGCGAAGAUUUGGAUGCGGAAAUCAAUGUUCCGACGCAUUUCCGAUGUCCUAUUUCUCUUGAUUUGAUGAAAGAUCCCGUCACGUUAUGCACUGGGAUCACUUAUGAUCGGGAGAACAUCGAGAGAUGGAUUGAAGCCGGAAAUGAAACUUGCCCAUUCACCAAACAGGUCUUGGAAACUUUUGAUUUGAUCCCGAAUCACAUACUGCGAAGGAUGAUCCAAGACUGGUGCGUUCAGAACCGUUCUCUCGGCGUCGAACGGAUCCCUACCCCACGAAUCCCUGUGUCCCAAUGUGAAGUCUCGGAGGUUUGUUCGAGGAUCGUCGGUGCUACUCGACGUGGAGAUGGAAAAAAGUGUGGGGAGUUGGUUAGGAAGAUCAAGAAUUGGGGCAAAGAAAGCGAACGUAACAAGCGUUGCAUUAUGGAGAACGGAACAGGUUGUAUUUUAUCAGCUUCUUUCGAGUCUUUCGCCCGUGAUUCAUUCGAGAAACACAUAAAUUUGUUGGUGGAAAUUCUAUUGGUACUGUCUUGGAUGUCUCCUUUAGGCAAAGAUGGCCGAUCCAAGCUGGGAACCGAGUCUUCUUUACGUUGCAUCAUUUGGCUUUUGAGGAAUGGAGAUCUUUCUGGUAGACAGUCCGCAGUUUUGGUACUCAAGGAGAUUCUUCAUUCGGAUGAUAGACGAAUAAUUACGAACACCUUGCGGGCGAUUGAAGGAGUUGUCGAAGCACUGUUUUUCUUGAUCAAGGAACCAAUUUCCCCUACUGCUACAAAAGCUUCGUUAAUGGCUAUUUACUGCAUGAUUUCUUCAACCACGAAGAACGACAUGAUUACCUCUAGAUUUUUAGAAAUGGGUUUGGUUGGUGUGAUCGUAGAAGCCAUUGUUGAGGCCGAUAAAAGUGUUUGUGAAAAAGCUUUGGGUGUAUUGGAUGAAAUUUGCAAUACUGAAAAAGGGAAAGAAGAAGCCUGCAACAAUGCUUUGAUUAUGGCGGUGUUAGUGAAGAAAGUUUUGAGAGUUUCGGAAUGGGCGACGGAGCUUUCGGUGUCGAUUUUGUGGAAGCUUUGCGAUGAAGAAAGUGUUAGAAUAGAAGCGAUUCAAGUGGGGACAUUUAAGAAGUUGCUAGUGAUUUUACAGGUUGGGUGUGGCGAGGGUACGAAGGAGAAGGUUAAGGAAUUGCUAAAAUUGCUCAAUGUUUACAACAAUAGAGUAGAUUGUUGCGUGGAUUCAUCUAUGGGUUUCAAGUAUCUUAAGAAACCAUUUUGAUUUACAUCCAACAUACCGUUUGUAUAUUUAGGCUAUACCAAAUAGAAAACAUUCAAUCAAAAAUUGCAUUCAUUUCUUCAUUCUUGUUAA